AUUGGAAGCGGAACCUGUUGUGAUGUCGUCAUUGCUCGGGAGGGAGUGUCGCCCUCCGCCGUGACGUCACUCUUCUCUGUGCUUCUGGACUAGGCUGAAGAAGAUGGCGGCCUCCUCAGGAGUUAGAGUUCCUCGCAAUUUUCGCCUGUUGGAAGAGCUGGAAGACGGCCAGAAGGGCGAAGGCGAUGGCACAGUGAGCUGGGGCCUGGAGAAUGACGAGGACAUGAACCUCACGCAGUGGACCGCCAUGAUCAUCGGACCCGUCAGAACCACUUAUGAGAACAGGAUAUACAGCCUGAAAGUGGAAUGUGGACCCAAAUACCCAGAGACAGCCCCGACUGUUAGAUUUGUAACAAAAAUUAGCAUGAACGGGAUAAAUAAUUCCAACGGGAUGGUGGACUCGCGUAGCAUACCAGUAUUAGCAAAAUGGCAGAAUUCUUAUACCAUAAAAAUUGUUCUUCAAGAGUUAAGGCGUCUAAUGAUGUCCAAAGAAAAUAUGAAGCUUCCACAACCUCCAGAAGGACAAACCUACAGCACUUAGUCAUAAUGGAUUGUUUUGACCUGUGUCUUAAAAACCUUAUUUAGAAAUAUUCUGUCCAAAAAAAAAAACAGUAACAAAGAAAA